AAGAAAAUUUUGAAUAACACAAGUUGUGAGACACUAUUUGCUUCUUGUUGAAUACAGAUAGAGUGCAGUGUAGUAGCGUAAAUUUGAGUUUCAUGGAAAAUAAUUAACUUAAUAAUAUUAUUUGGUGAAUUGUUGUAUUUCGUGGCAAAGAUCUUACUUCUCUUGUAUUUCGUGAUUACUGAUCUUUCUUUACUGAAAAAGGGAUAAUUGGAUUUAUAAUUACUUUUUUCAGUCAAUAUAAGUAAGGUGAGGCUGCUUCCAAGAAAUUCAGCUUUCAGCGCAGAGACAGAAUUCUUGCUAAUUUCUUCUUCCAGCUUUUUUCUUUUUCUUCAUUCUAAACAAAACACGAGCUCUGGUAAAACCAAACAUGGACGAAACUGAACUUUUUUGCGUCAUCUGCCAAAACAAAGUUGUCGACAUGGUUCAACUGAAUUGUGGUCAUGAUUUUUGCAAUAUAUGUUUGAAGAACUUGGUUUCGUAUGCCAAUAAAAAAAAGAGAGGCAGAUAUCGUUGUCCAUUGUGUAAAAAAGACUUCAUAGAGACUAAAGACGGUUACUUGACAGUAGAAGAAUCCGCUUAUUAUUCCACUGAAUCUGAUACUGAUACGGAUAAUGAAUUAGUAGAAAUGGUCUUCGAUAUUGAUUGCGAGUUGGUUACAGACACAGAGAUGAAUAUGGAUGAUGAUAACAAGGUAAAUGAAUCGGAUUCUUCCACUAAUUCGGAUUCUGGCACUGAAUCGGAUUCUUCCACCGAAUCGGCUACUGACAUAGAAAAGGGAUUGCAUAUUGCUAUCACCAUUUCUAGUAAGCAGUUGCCUACAGACACGGAUAUGGCUGAUUAUGAUGAUAAAAAUGAAUGAUGAAAAGAUAUAUAUGUU